AAUGGAGACUGAUCCGGACCUUCAGGUUUCAUCAUCUGCUUCUGUUGGAAAUACAGAAGCCAUUACAACACAAAAUUCAAAUACAGAAGCUGAAGAAACUUCUGCGGCAGACCAAAAUGAGAAAGAAAUGACUCUAGGAGAUCAACUUAACCAGGCUAAAGAGACAUCCAUUGCAUCUGUUGAGGAACUUCAUAAUCUUGCAGGUGGUGCUGACAUCAAGGGUUUAGAGGCCGUCCUGGACAAAGCUGUGCAUCAUGAAGAUGGCAAAAAGAUAACCAGGUUUGGAUAUGAUAUUAUGCCCUUAAGAUAUGUAUUCCCAACAAACCCAGUGUUGCACAUUUAUUUAUAAUGUGCCUAACUGAUGCUCUAUUUUUAUAAGAGGGAUUGACCUGGACAGUAUGAGCAUAGUUCAACGU